AUGCUGAAAACAGCACUUCGGCGACGGGCUCUGCCCAUCUCAUUUGUCCAGCGAAGAUGGGCAACGCAGAAGACGGAAGAACCGUUUCCUCCCGAUAUCGACGAGUGGUCACAUCCCCCGUCGAAUGCCACCAUCUCAGAUGAGGAGAUACAGAGGCUAGCGGCGCUACCUCGCCGGCCUCUGACCCUAGCAGAUCUCGUCAGACAUGGCAAACCCCCCUUACGAGACUCUGCUCUGCUCUCCUCGGCCAACUUCACCUUGUCCCUCCUCCCGGCUCGCCUUGCACACCGCAUCCAAGCUCUGCGAAACCUGCCUUUCAUCGUGGUGUCCAACCCCAACGUGUCGAAGAUAUACAACAACUACCUCCACUCUCUCUCUACCCUGGAACCCUUCUACAAGAAACCCAUCGAGACCAUUGAAGAGGAGAUGAAGUUUACCGAGGCCAUGGCCGAUCUUGUGCGGACACACUCCAACACCAUCCCAGUCCUUGCUCAGGGAUUUCUCCAAUGCAGAAAAUACGUGGACGCGGCAGAAGUCACGCGAUUCCUCGACCAACAUCUCCGCGCACGGAUAGGGACCAGACUCGUCGCCGAACAACACCUGGCCCUCCACAUGGCUUCGACGGGUGACGCAGCCAAGCAGAAACCCGACCCGACCCACGUCGGUGUCAUCGACCUCGCGCUCCGUCCCGCCGACAUCGUCCGCCGGUGUGAGGGCUUCGUCAACGAGGUCUGUGAGUACAAAUACGGGGUUCGGCCCUCUUUGAUCAUCAAUGGAGAUCAAGAUGCAGAAUUUGCACACAUCCCCAUGCACCUGGAAUACAUUAUCACGGAACUGUUGAAGAAUGCAUUCCGCGCCACGAUUGAGAAUGGCAAUGAGAGGGAGCCCGUUGAAGUCACGAUUGCCUCUGCUCCGGACGUACAGACCACGAAGCUGGAAUCGUUGAAGAAGCUGUCGGUGAGCAAAGAGAAUGCGUAUGAUUUCUCCCAGGAAGGCCUGGACGAGUACUGCGCUUCAGAUGACGACCACAUUGUCGGUUCUCUCAACUCUGCCGCCCCGUACAUCACCCUGCGCAUCCGUGAUCGGGGCGGAGGCAUCUCACCGGAAGCUUUGCCCAAUAUCUGGUCAUAUAGCUUCACCACGUUCAACAACGAAGAAGCCGCGGCGGCCGCCAAUGCCGGCGGCAGUGACGGGUCUGACGGUCUCAAUGCGAUCUCCAACAGUGGGACGAAUCAGUCUUCCAUCGCCGGGUUGGGGUAUGGGCUACCCCUGGGACGUGCUUAUGCCGAGUACUUUGGCGGGGGAAUCGCCGUGCAGAGCAUGUACGGUUGGGGCACGGAUGUGUACCUGACGUUGCAGGGUAUUGGGAACACGAAGGCACUGAAAGACGCGCCCAACGGUCUCGAGGAGUUGGAGAAGGAGAUGAGCGAUUAG